CUGCACGUACACUCUCACACACACACACACACACACACACACACACUUCAGCUCUGGUAUACAUAAUACAGAAGAAGGAAGGGUUAUUAAAAACUGUUUGCACAAACUUAUUGACUCCGAAAUAUCUACAAUUCAUCGCCGAGUUAACAAUUAGCGUUCCCUAGAGGACGCAUUAGACGACUGCUUCCUUCGCCGGGUGACGAAUCGUGCUAUGUCUCUACACAAGUCAGUACUUGCCCGAGUGCGCUAUGGAUUGGAUGCGCAUUGUACUGGGAGGAUUCAUGUGUGGAGUUGUGUCCUUCGCUGCUAUACUUCUUCCACGGGAGCUUCCUUCUGCGUCGGAAUCUAUCUUUCAAUUAAUUGAUGAAUGUUUUAAGCACACUUCGCGAACUCUGUACAUCGUGGGAAUGGAACAGCUCGACGCCUAUCGGAGCUAUCUGGCGUUGCCCUAUCCGAAAGUGAUUCUUCAGAGUGGACGCUCCAUCGGCACACCGGACGAGACGAGUUUGGUUGUGAUGUACGUGGAUUGCUCCUCGCAGAAUUCUAUGUUCGCCGCGCUGCGUACGAUGAUGCAGGACUUUAGGCGUAUCGUGCGGAAUGGGAGAUACGUCGUGCUGGUUGAUGAUGUGUACCUGCCGGAAGGAAACGUAGCCGUUGCGAUCAGUCUUGGCUCAUUCUUCGCAACGUACAACAUCGUGUACUGGGGCGUGACAGGAGUGCGCCGGGCGGACGAACUGCAGUACACGCUGUUCUUCGCAUCGAACGUUUUCUUCAUGACCAGCCCGCUGGCGCACGGUCCGAUUUUUGAGUGGAACCGUGGACUGUUGCGCAACACCACGUUCGGCAUUAAGGGACAGGCCGUCAUGUCCUUUCCGUACAGCCAUCGAAAAGGGGGAGGACAGUUACGGGGCAUAGAUAUGAGCAUCUUCGAGAAUGUGAUGGAGCGAAUCGGUUGCCUGCUGGAGGUGCUGAUCGUCGAACGGACGGACGAUCCCGAGCGUGACAUGCAGCGCAUCAUGAACCGCUUGCAUGAGAUGAAGCUGGACGUAAUGUUAACGCGCAGGGAUGUGAAACCCGGCACGCUGCCCGUCGUAUACAUUCCCGACUUUACGUACUACUGUCUGGUGGCACCACGCUUCACACAGAUCGAUCUGACACGUUCCUUGCUGCGUCCGUUCUCGUCCGACGUGUGGUGGUUUAUCGUGACGGGUGGCAUUUUCAUAAACCUACUAAAGGAAGUUUCGAAGCACAACACCGCGCUGAGAGCGUUCGCGAGACGGCUCAACUUUGGCAAACCGUUCCGAUCCUUUUAUCGCAUCAGCUUUGCGAUCAUUUGUUUCGUGCUGCUCGAGUCGUACCUUGCGAAGGUGACUUCCUUCUUCCUUGCCUACCGCUUUCUGCCUGAUGCGAAAUCGUUGGAUGAAUUUUUCGCCACAGGCAUUCCGAUUCGGCUAGAGGAGAGCAGUGACAGAUUUCUGGAGGUGCUGGAGCCCCGCUUGAGGCAGCUGAUUGUGGCACGCGGCGUAGACAGUGCGCAGUGUGAUCAGUACUCGCGACAGUGUGCUCAUCUGGACAGCUUUGCGCACGCGUCCUACAUGAUAAAUGAAAUUAUUGACGUUGAUCCGGUGACCGGGAGGAAGCAGUCGUACAUUGUGCCGGAGAUGGUCGCAAGCUACAACUAUCUAUCGUACUGCUUUGCCCGUGGCUCUACGUUAACCGAUCUGGUGGCGGUGUAUCUGCAGCGUAUGUACGAAACGGGUCUGAUGCGGCUGUACCAGCGCCAGUACGAGCAGUAUCUGCUGCCGAACAAUCGCGCCCAUGUCGUGGCGGAAAGUUCGCUCGAGUUUGCCCAUCUGAUGUCGCUGUGGAUCUGUGUUAGCAUCGGGUGGGGCCUGUCGGUUAGUGUGUUUGUCGGGGAGCUGGUGCACUGCUGGUUGUUGAGGAUGUGCCGUAAAGGACGAACGUUUAAGCAGGUGCACAGGAAGUUAAGGAGACGCGCUUGGUAGCUAGCGGGAGGUAGGUAGAUCUUCAGAUAGGUUACAUAGGUAUGAUCCCAACUGAUCUUAGAAGCGAUGUAACUUUGGAGGUCUUUUUGCUAGUUACCUGUUAAUCCAACUGA